AUGCCCUCUAUGAGCAAGCUCGUCCCAGCCACCGCGAGCGAAAUUGCCGCGAUUGUUUCCCCUGCUUCUGCAACGACGACGACCGCGGCUCCUGUCCUUGUCAACCUCAGGCUGAACAUCAUCACGGCGGUGCUGAUCCUUGGCGUGUCGCUUGUGUUGGCGCUGGUGUACACCCUGUGGAAGCUUCUCCCAAGGAUCCGCAGUGGCGAGCUCUCCUUCUCGAAGCUUGAGUUCGACUGGCGUGCGGAGCUGCUGAACCAGAUGCCGAAGAAGGAGAAGGUGCGCCGGGCGGCUGAGAAGGCUCGCCGCGAGGAGGAGAUGGCGUCGGGGUGCGACCGGGAUAAGAACGAGGGACACGUGCAGUACGCCGCCAUGCAGCCGCGGGUGGAGGUGGGCGAGGGCGACGCGGCGGCUGCUAGGUCGCAGCGCAGUGGGCAGAGGCACGGCGAGGCCGACGAGAGCGUUGCGGUGACGAUGCCCCGGGAGUAG